UCGUGUCACACUGAGGCCAACGGGUUAAAAAGAAAAUUCGUCUGUUAAAUCUGAAAAACGAAGGCUCUGUUUGUCACGACGCUUAUAUUUUUUUUAGCGGGGGUAACCGGUUUCCGGCCGCCCCUGGGGGUACCCGCCGCCCACGUACGGCGCCGGGGCUGACGCUUGCUGCGCGUCUCCGAGCGACGCGUUGGUUGGUAAACACGGCGCGGAGGCAACGAGAGAGAAUUCAGUGCCGCGCCGAUGUUGGUGAUGGCAUGGAAAGGAGAUUACCAUUUGGAUUAUUCUUGUUCAUGCUACUUCUUGGAUUGUAUACCUGGGGAUUUGGAAUUGCAUCAAGCUCUUAGUGACAUUGAUGAGAGACUGAAGAAGAAUGCAGCAGGUAUUGAGGAGACUGUGAGGGAACUGCAGUCAGAUCUUAAUAAGCUCUGUGCCGGGCAGAAGAAUGCUGACUACCUGCAAUGGUUAAACAGUUCCAAUAUUUCCUCUAUCAAACUGUUCACAACUCCAUGUAAUCAAUUGACUGACUUUCUUAAAGCACUGCUUCAUUUUCUGAAGACUGAAAAAGGCCUGGAAGAAAUGAUCAUGCAGCUACUUCUGGAUCUCUCUGCUGAGUGUGGUGUGGUCUUUCCACUGAGUUCCUGUGGAGCUUCAUUUCACAUUCCUUCCACCACGUCUAUUCAUGCUGUUGAAGACGAUGGUUUUCUCGAUGCCCUGUCCAUGUGGGAUGAUGUGAGAUUGUAUCUUCGUCGGUUUGUCAUUGAUAAGCUUCAAAAUUGUCAAGAAAUAAAUGAUAUGCUUUCAACUAUUCAAUUCAAAACACAGUGUCUUCAGCAACUUCUAUUUUUGUAUCCAGAAACGGAAGUUCUAACCAGAUAUCAAAAUAUGCAGUACCAAUCUGUACAAGAUCUGCUACAGAAUAAAGUCUUGAUCAACGUCAGUGAGAUCAGUUUUGACGAAAUGGCUCAUGGGUUUGAAAACAUGAUUCCUUUGGUGUUAACCAUGAUGAGACAAGAUUUAUAUGCUUUACGAACACUUGUGGAGGAGUCUAAAGUACUGAAGUUUAUUAAUGAUACAUACCUGCAGAAUAUUGCAGGCGAACUUUACAUUUUGAUUGAAAAGUUUUGUGAGCAGCAGUUGAAGAAAAGUGUGCCGCAUUCGACAAAACUGCAUUCGACAAAGGCAAACAAAUUUUUAAACAAACAAAAGGGAACAGUACACUCUGUGGUUACCCAGGAACAGACCAAGCAGAUAAGAAACUUAGAUCUCACUACCUAUCAGCUUAGAGGCCUUUCCCAGCUGAUUAAAAUUCUUCUUCAUAUGGAAAAAAGAAUGAAGGAACUCCUUUCAGAAGUCUUUUUGGAAAACACUUUCACACAGCAAGGCAGAAAUGUUCGAGGAGUGCUAAAGAAGACCCUAACAAAUGCUGACAUGCCAUCAGAUAUGAACAAAACCAGCAUCCAAGCUGAGCAGUUACUAUUUGUGACUGAGUGUGUUUCUCUUGAAUGUGACUGGAGAAAUGCUUUCAAGGGCUUGGCACAUUCUGCAGCCCACUCUGUGAAGAUGGUAAUUGAAGACGCAUGUUCAAAAUGCCUUCAGCAAGAAACAAACCUUUACAGCUCAGGUAAAAGUUUAGCAAUGUGCACACAAUCAGUGGAAGCUACGUGGAAUCAAUGUACGGAGAAAGAACAACCUAAAAAAGUCGCAAAGUUUUGUUCUGACAUCAUGAUGGAAGUUGACACAUUACUUCCAUUGGCUCUGGCAAGCUGUGAAAACUUUCUUCAGGAAAAUAAGGAAAAGUUUGUGGAUAGCUGUUCCAAAGUAGCUGCAGAUGUCCUGUUUCGACUUGAAGAAAGAAGCAAAGAUGUCCCUUCCAAGGUUCCAGUACAAAAUCUGUAUAUUAUCCUCUCCACAGCAAUACUUGUCCACAAUUACUUAACCAAGUAUGAAAAUAUGCUGAAAGAGACAAGCAAAAGGCCGUUGUUCUUGCUGCCAAUUCAGCAGUAUCAGGAAUUCAUCAGAAUGAUCCAAUUUCAAAUUACAAGCUACAGCAUAAGAGUUUGUGCCACAAGUAUUUUCCAGGAUGCACAAAGCCACCACUGGGAAGACUCCAAAUCUUUUUAUGAGGGAGAGAGAUGUUCUUUUUCCAUUCAAAUGUGGCAUUACCACUGUUGUGCUUUCCGUUAUGAUCUCUGGAGUGUGGUUCCCUCUACGAUAGGCCAGCAGCUCCUAGCUGAGGUGUUGAGUGAAACCUUAACCAUUCUGACAUCCAGGUACUCUAGGUGUCGUCCUACAUAUAAGAGAACCUCACAGAUAAGAACUGACAUUACAGCCAUACUACUUUGCACCGAGAACCUUUUAUGGUCGGUCUGCCAGUCAACUGAGGAAUUGUUUCAGCCGUUGGAGGAUAUGUCUCACUGGAUUCUCACCAUUCAUAAUCACUGCAAUGCACUUCUGGCUGUUCUAGCUGUCUUGACAUCACCACUUGAUAAACUGUACGAAGCAUUUUGUAAUGGUUUCUGUGAAUACGAUUCUGCUCUACCAUUAAAGCCAGUGAAUAGUGGCUUACUCGAAUGGUCACGUUGGAUUCAAACUUCCUUUUCAUAUGAAUCAAUCAGCUCACCAUCAUAUGAUAAAAUAUCUGUUCACCAGCACCUGACAUUGUUAUCGGCACAACCCAGCUGCGAUUGGAACUUACUUCUGCAAUUGCUUAUACUUCAUGAUUGUCUGGUACCUCGUAUUCUCCUGAAUAAUAUGCCUAUUGAUCGAGAGAAUUUUGAUGAUGAUUACGUGAAAGAAAAAAAUAGUGACCAACAAUCGACAUUGAUAGAAGCAAUUGUGAUGGUAAUGACAUACUGCAAAUCAUUGCCCAGAGGUCUUGGAGUUGUUCUUGAAGGCUAUAUGGACAAACGUCAGCUGUGGAAUAAAUUGUUUUUCUUAGCAGCUGAAGAUGAGUCAGAUGUUCCAAGGUGUCUGAAGAUGUUCGUAUUCAAAGCAAUCAAAGAAACUUUAAAGCAUGUCAUCUCCUUGCUUCAUAUGUGGCAAGCGCUGGAAAAUCCUGGUACAGGUCAUAAGCAAGUGCUUCCUGAGAGUUUACUCAGUAAAAUUCCCAAAGAAUGGGAUUAUAUACCAAGGGAAUUUAAAAGAAGAGAAUGUGGAAAUAAUUUUACAAAACUUGCUGCUCAGGUUGUUUCAGUUUUAAUUGAUAACCUACCUGCAAUAGUUGCUUCAUUGCCUUCAACAAUUAAAUACCUUUUCAAUUUAGCAGAAAGAAAGUUUCUGAACAAUAUUCCUGAGCUCGAAAAUUCAUACCUUCUUUGGUAUGUUAUUACUAUUAUUUGCCAAACACUAAAAGGUGGGAAUGCCAUAGAAUUUCUGUCAGGUGUUACAAUAGAUAGAUGGAGUAAAGAGAAACUGGAGUUGGUGAGUGAGUGUCUGCUGAACAUUGUGGGACAGCAAAAGGAAAAUCCCAAACCAGUAGUACGGAAGGUCAUCAACUGUCUGGAAAAACAAAGACCUAAAUGGAUUGAAGUCCAACUACAAAAUGCAAAAACGUUCUGCUCAGAAAGUACAUUUCUCACAGACAAAGAUUCCAUUGCACAGAAGAAAGACAGUUUGGCUGAAUUGACUAAGCAGAAAAUAAGUAUGAUGCUGCUGGAUAUCUGCCACCAGCCAGGUGGCAAUGAAUACCUGAGGCAAAUUUAUCACAUCAUCCAACUCAAUGAGGAUUGGUUGAAGGGACAAAUUUAUUCUCAGGAUUUUUCACAUUGUAAUGAGACACCACUGAAGCCUAGGCAUCUUGCUUUGCAGGGGUUUCGGCAACAUUUGAUGUUUAACCCUUUGCAUGUCUUCAACCAUAUUGGCUCUACUAACUUUAACCAGUCAACUAUAACUGAGUGGAAUUGGGAUUGGUCAAAAGUACUGCAGAGUAAUCUGGGACUGAGUCAAUUGACCUUCAGGACACUGCUAGCAAACAGAUGCUGCCUGACCUGCUGAGUUCCUCCAGCAUCUUGUGUAUUGAUACUUGGAAUGGACUGCUUGUCCUUUGUGGAAAGGUUGGACAAGCUAAUCAUGUAUCCACUAAAGUUUUGAAGAGUGAGAGAAGGGGGUCUUGAUUAAAACCUAUAAUAUAAACAGGCAUUGUUGCAGGAUGGAUGUGGAGAGGACGUUUCCUCUUGCGAGAGAAUCCAGAAUUGGUGUCAUUGUUUAAAAAUAAUGGAUGAACCGCAAGAUAGGAAUGAGAUGAAGCUUUUUUUCUCUUGGAGGGUUGUGAAACUUUGGAAUUCUCCUCCUCAAGGAAUUGUGAAGAAGAGUAUUUGUAUAUUUUGAUGCAGACCUAUAUAGAAGCUUAAUAAGUAAGGAGGUGAACAGUUGUUGUGGGUAAACAAGAAUGAAAUUUUGAGAUUACAAUCAUGAUCUUAUUAUAUGUUACACAGGACAGCUUCUACCCCACUGUGAUAAGACUAUUGAACGGUUCCCUUAUACAAUGAGAUGGACUAUGACCUCACGUCACUUGUUGUGACCUUGCACCUUAUUGCACUGCACUUUCUCUGUAGCUGUGACACUUUACUCUGUACUGUUACUGUUUUUACCUGUACUACACCAAUGCACUUUGUACUAACUCAAUGUAACUGCAUUGUGUAAUGAAUUGACCUGUACGAUCGGUUUGUAAGACAAUCUUUUCACUGUACCUCGGUACAAGUGACAAUAAUGACCAAUACCAAUACUAAAUGGUAGAGCGGGCUCAAGUGCCUAAGUGGCCGCCUUCUUCUCCUUAUUCAUAUGUCCGUACAUUAAAACAUCCCCCCACCCCACCCCCUUUAGCCUCAAAGAGAAAGUGUUUGGGAAAUUUUCUUUAAUCUGGCAAGAAAAAGGGAAUUUCUUUAUAUAGACCCAUUCUCAUGCUGUCAGUAAAAGUUAAAAUAAACAUGUGGCCAUUAAUCCAUCAUGGAUAUUGGAUAAACAUAAUGAUUUAUUAACAACAGCUCUCUAUAUAAUUUAGCUCAAUGUCACUGCCUGCUAGAUAAAAGAAGGCUAAAAUGAGAAAGUGCAUUUAUGUUAGUAUGGCAUUGCUUAUACUCAUAAUAAGCCAACCAUAAGUAAAACUAAGACUGCUUGCUCUUUUCAUCAAGGUGACAGGCCAGUAUUUCAGAAACAUCUAAAUUGGACAAACGCAUUUCAAGAUAGGUUAUUUAGAUUAAUCCAAGUUGUAAAUUGCAUUUGGAACUAUUGAGAAAAUACAUGAAAUUUUGAUUAGAAUUCAUUGAAAAUAUUCAGUCAUAAAUGAGCUGUAGCCUAAUUUUAAUGAAAAUGAUGUACUUUAUUAUAAACAGUGGAUUGGACUUGCAUGUGGUUUAAAAUAGCUCAAUAAGUUGUGCUGGGUUGUGAGUUUAGAUAUGAGUGGACUGUGGCCUAUGUCAAUAAACAAUGAAUCCCUGCUGUUGUGCUAUAAAAUUGCAAAAAAAAGUUGGAAAGCACUUGACUGGUAGGAAUUUUUAAUAUUUUUCAUAAAGUAUUAAUGAUGCUUUUAUUUUCAUUAAAUAAAGCAUAGAAAUAAAUAUUCUGUGUACCUACAUAUGUGGCCUUCACAAGUGGUCUUCAAUAAUUAUAAAGUUUACAAAUUACCAUGAAUAAUAAUGCAAAAUGCAGGGGAGAGUGUUUUAAUUGUAUUGUUUAUUGGAUGUGACACAUUUAGA